AUGAGUUGUCAAGUCUUUUCUUCAGCUGACACCUUCAUCCCCUUGACUUCUGACUCGUCUCCCACUCUGCCUCUGAUAAUGCAUCAUAGUGCUGCAGAGUGCUUGCCCGUCUCCAAUCAUGCCACUAAUGUGGUGUCUACAGGUACUGUUUCUCUUAUUCCAACGCUUAAAUAUGCCCGUAUAUGUUUUUCCAUGGCUAUUGUGGGAACUAUGCCUCCAGGUCUGCAUUAUUCUGUUCCUUCUUGUCAUUAUGGAAACCAACAAACUGCGUAUGGGAUGAUGGCAGGUGGUCUCACUCCUUGCCUGUAUAAAUUCCCUGAGCAUGCUCUAAGUGCCAGUUCAUGUGCACUAGGUCAUAGCUUUACUUCCAUGCAUCCAUCUCUACUUGGAGCUGAUCCUACCACUGAUUUUAAGCAGGAAUUUCGGAAGAAGGCCAAGUCACUUGAUGAACCGAUAGAUAUGGAUUCUCCAGAAAUUAGAGAGUUGGAGAAAUUUGCCAAUGAGUUCAAGUUGAGAAGAAUUAAGCUGGGUUAUACCCAAACAAAUGUUGGAGAAGCUCUAGCUGCAGUGCAUGGCUCUGAAUUCAGUCAAACUACUAUUUGCCGGUUUGAAAACUUGCAAUUGAGUUUCAAGAAUGCCUGCAAACUAAAAUCCAUAUUAACUAAGUGGUUGGAGGAAGCAGAACAAGUAGGAGCUCUAUACAAUGAAAAAGUUGGCAUGAAUGAACGGAAAAGAAAACGCAGAACCACCAUUAGUAUUGCCGCAAAAGAAGCCUUGGAAAGCCAUUUUGCAGAACAAAGCAAGCCUUCAUCUCAGGAGAUCAUGAGGAUGGCAGAAGGGCUUAAUUUGGAAAAGGAAGUGGUGAGAGUUUGGUUCUGCAAUCGAAGACAAAGAGAAAAGAGAGUAAAGACAAGUUUACACCAGAACACCUUUAAUUCCAUUAUUAAGGACCAUCAAGAGUGCUAGAAUUCUUUCCACAGACAAAUGGAUUUCUUAGCUUUAACUGUUUGAAAAACUUCUUACUCCACCACAUAGACAAAACAAAGUAGCAUGUCAUCUUUAUAAAUGUAUUUAAUAAUGGAAGUUUAGGUAUUUCUGUAAAUACCUUAACUUAAAAGAAAGCAUUAAAACUGUAUACUUCAAAAAGGAUUGAGGGACACUUCACACCUCCCUGCUAUUCAUUAAGAUAUUCCUUUUUCGUCAGAAUUUUACAACCAGCUGAAAAAAGAAGUCUAGCUAUUUAAAAAUCAUAUCAACUUUAAAUUAUGCUUGUUCAACUUCUAGGCCAUUCUUCAAAAUCAUUUGUGAAGGGUCUGUUGCUCUGGAAGACCCAUCAUAUUAGUGCAGAAGGACAAGAUAUUUGGAAAGUUCAAAAACAUGCAUUUUUUUCCUGUUAUGAAGACUGCUUGGUCACUUUAUUGCCUGCAUUUUUAGUUUUUGCAAGGAAUAAUUCUUGAUGCUGGAAAGGAAAACAUCUAAUAUAUGUAAAAUAUCAAUUAAAUAUACCAAUAAAUUAAACAUAUCAAUAAUACAUUCUUUAUAUUUAAUUAAAUCAUUUUUUAAAAUUGUAUAUUGAUGUUUAAAUAGGAGCAUUAUGCCAAGUCCCAUUUGGAAUUUGGAGAUCCAGUUGUUUUUAAUAGUUAACUUGGUACUAUCUAUCUCAUUCACAAAAUGGCUAUCACAAAACAUCACCCCUGAUCCCCAACCCCAAAUCAGGUAAC